AUGCCGAGCUCAGGAGCGACAAUCGAACAUGGCACCCGUCGCACGAUACACGCAACCAGUCGACCCGGGACCAAGGUGAAUCAUCUGGAUGGUAUAAGGAAGUCAAUGUUCCUCGCCCAUCAGGUGGACCAACGACAACGCAAGACCAACAACGAAGACAAGGAAGGACUCCAUUCACGCCAGAAAUUGUCGGGGCUCGUCGGCCUGUACACGGACGAGGACGCUAUUCUUUGCAAAGUCUUCCCCACCUCCCUAAAAGGACCGGCGCUCAACUGGUUUACCAGGCUUCCACCCGGGACCGUGGACUCUUUCACGUCGUUGUCUUCCCGCUUUGUAAUACAGUUCGCCACGAGCCGGCCUCAUCAGCUCACGUCCAUCGCGCUGGUCAACAUACGUCAAGAGAAAAAGGAACCUUUGAGAACUUUCAUGGAAAGGUUCGGAAAAAUGACGUUAUCUAUCCGAGAUCUGGAUCCGGCCGUAGCGAUGCAUCACCUAACCACAGCGCUAAGACCCGGACCUUUUGUCAACAGCCUGUGCAAGAAACCACCCCGGGACCUGGAUGACCUGCGACAAAGGGCUACCAAAUACAUGCAGAUGGAGGAACUGGCGGAAUUCCGAAGUCAAAAUCGACCCGAUCUAUCACUCGCAAAAAAGGAAAACGACAAAGAGCCUCCUAGACAGCGCCAAAGAGAUAUGCCAGAUCGGGACAAGAAUGCCAGGGGACCGAGAUAUUUGCAGUACACACCACUCAACACCAGCAGGGCUAAGGUGUUGGAACAUGCCCUGACCACCGAAGUUUUGGCCGUCCCAAGAAGAGCCAUGACCCCCCCGCACGCCGACAAAACAAAAACAUGCCAGUUCCAUCGAAACAGGGGGCACACAACUGAAGAAUGCUCCGCCCUUCGGGAUCGAAUUGAAGAUCUUGUCAAGGCGGGACAUCUUCAGAACUAUGUUCGAUCGACAGAUCAUCGAAGGAGCGACAAUCGUGAAGGAAGAAGAGAAUACCGAAGGGAGAAUCGGGAUCGAGCACCUCGGCGAAACCGAUCCAGGGAGCGGAGUAGGUCUCAAGACAGGAACCAAGGCGACCGAAAUCAACCCAGACGAGUCAUAAACACCAUUGCAGGAGGCUUUGCGGGGGGCGGAAGCUCGUCUUCGGCGCGAAAGAGACACCUGAGGGCGAUCAAGUCGGUUAACACUAUAGACCGGGCAGCAGUCAUCCAUAUGCCCCCUAUCACAUUCACCGACCAAGAUUUCCAGGGUGUGGACCCAGUGCAAGAUGAUCCCAUGGUCAUCAGUGUGGAAAUCAACAACUGCAUUGUAAGGAAAACUCUCGUUGAUCAGGGAAGCUCGGCUGAUAUCCUUUACUGGAAAACUUUUGAACAACUCGGGAUCCUAGAGCAGGAAUUGACACCUUACGAUGAGCCUUUGGUGGGGUUCUCAGGUGAGCGUGUCGACACUUGA